UCAUCUGCAAAGCUGUCGGUACCCGCCUCGCAAAACUAGAGGGAAGGGCCUGAUGAAGGGGGUUGGUUUUACUAUUUUCCUGCAAAGGCCUCCUGGCGAGGGACUAUCAAACUACCACGUCUGCAGCUGUGAGAGAGAGGUAUGAAGAGAAAGGAACCAAAACAUCAUGAUAAAAGGAAAAGAUAGGGAACAAUACAAAGAAAUAUAAAACAGGGAAGACUGCGGGUUAAAAAGGAACAAGGUAUUUCGGGUGGAACGUUACACAUUACGUGGGUUGCCAAUUUAUUUAUUUAAACUCCCACCUCUUUCUUUAGUCACGUUAACGUGUCAGUUUAUUUUGGUAAAAAAGUCAGUUUUCUUUAAAAGGACGUAAAGGAGGUGAGCAUUUCCUCAAUGUAAAUGCCGUUAAAACUCUUAUAUUUUAUCUCGCGUAAUUUCGUUUUUGGAAACCCUGUACUGCUGUUUUUAUUGUAUUUGUGUCGUUGAAUUGAAAAAUACAUUAUUAUGUUUUGACAAAUAGAUAAUAGAAGAAAUAGGUCAAAUUUAUACAGGGGAAAAGAGGGCCUUUUUUACGUUUUUUGUACUUUGGCCGUGGUCGAGGAAUGUCACUCCGGAUAGAGGCGUUUGCCCAACUGCUGUUGCUCGUGUUGGCAUGGGAGUUGAGUGUUCAAGGAGCAGCGCCAGAAGAGAUAAAACCAGAGGCAUGGCUGCAGCAGUAUGGCUACCUGCCCCCAGGUGACCUGAGGACACAUGCUGCCCGCUCCCCCCACUCCAUCACAACGGCUAUAGCAGCCAUGCAGAGGUUCUACGGCCUGACCAUCUCUGGCUCUAUCGACGACAACACUAUAAAGGCAAUGAAGAGGCCACGCUGUGGAGUUCCAGACAAGUUUGGCACCGAGCUUAAGAGUAACCUGAGAAAGAAGCGCUACGCUAUCCAGGGCCUGAAAUGGGACAAAACCGAUCUCACCUUCUGUAUACAGAACUAUACACCUAAGGUGGGGGAAUAUGAGACCCAUGAGGCAAUUAGAAAGGCAUUCAAAGUGUGGGAGAGUGUGAGCCCCCUGCGUUUCCGCGAGAUCCCCUACAGCCACGUACGGGACAAGGUGGAGGACUAUGCUGACAUCAUGCUCUUCUUCGCUGAUGGUUUCCAUGGCGACGCCAGUCCGUUCGACGGCGAGGGGGGUUUUUUGGCUCACGCCUACUUCCCCGGUAACGGGAUUGGAGGAGACACUCACUUUGACUCGGCAGAGCCGUGGACGGUCGGCAACACUGAUCUGUCAGGUAAUGACGUGUUCCUGGUGUCGGUCCAUGAGCUGGGACACGCCCUGGGUUUGGAGCACUCUAACGACCCCUCAGCCAUCAUGGCUCCAUUCUACCAGUGGAUGGACACCGAGAACUUCCAGCUGCCUGAAGACGACCUCAGGGGAAUACAGAAAAUCUAUGGGGGUAGAUCGGGGGGUGGUCCCCGCCCUCCUCCACCCACCCCACGUUCCCCUCACCACCCGCCCAAACCCACUCAUACCUCAUACAACCCUCACUUUGGCCCUGACAUCUGUGAGGGACAUUUUGACACCAUUGCCUAUCUCAGAGGGGAAAUGUUUGUCUUCAAGGAUAAGUGGUUCUGGAGAGUCCGUAACAAUGCGGUUCUGGAUGGAUAUCCAAUGCCAAUAGGACAUUUCUGGCGGGGCCUUCCAUCAAACAUCAAUGCUGCUUAUGAAAGGGAUGAUGGCAACUUUGUAUUUUUCAAGGGAGACAGGUACUGGGUUUUUAAGGAAUCUAACCUAGAGGACGGCUACCCCAAGCCUCUGAAGGAGAUGGGCAGUGGUCUACCCAGAGACAGAAUAGAUGCUGCGCUCUUCUUUACCCCCACUGGCCAGACAUACUUCUUCAGAGGAAACAAGUACUACCGUUACAACGAGGAAUUGCGCGCUGUGGACCCUGAAUACCCCAAACCUAUCAGUGUGUGGCACGGUGUCCCGGACAAUAUUAAAGCUGGCAUCAUGAGCAGAGACCAAGGACACACUUACUUCUACAAAGCCAAUAAGUACUGGAAGUUCAACAACCAGAAGCUGCGUGUUGAACCUGGAUACCCCAAGUCUGCUCUUAAAGACUGGAUGGGCUGUUCAGAGGAGGACCCCAAGACUGAUGGAGGAAAAGGGGGCGGAGGACACGACCGGGAAGACAAGGAAGAUAGAAAGGAGGACCGAGAAGAGACGGAGGUAAUCAUCAUCGAGGUGGACGAGGAGGGGUCUAGCGGAGGGGUGGGGGUGGCGGCCGUGGUGUUGCCACUCAUGCUGCUGGUGUGUGUGAUCCUCGCUCUGGGGGCACUGCUGUUCUUCCGCAGGUACGGCACCCCACGCCGUCUGCUGUACUGCCAACGCUCCCUACUGGAUAAAGUGUAGGGGGGGGGGGGGGGCAAAGGGGAGGACAGGGAGAAGGAGGUGGAGGGGUUGACGGGGGCAGUUAGGGAGGAAAUAGUGCAUAUGGAGUGUACUGAUAGGUGAGGGGGACCAGAGAAGGAGCUGCAGGUGACGGGAUCUGUGGACUGUGAACGCGUGUUUGGACAGAGUAAGAUACACAUGUUAGAAGUAGCUACGAUUUCCCCAUCACUGCCAGUUUCAACGUACACUAUUUUCACUCGUACUCUAGUUUUCUAUUUCUGUCCCCUCUUCUUUCCUUUCUCCCUUUCUCUCUUUUUGUUUGUUGACGCCAGCUCAUCGCUGUUUGUGUAGCCUUUUUAAAUGUCCUUUUAAAGUUUCUGUUGUCAGUCUCCUUGUGAAUUUCAGUUUGGAACUUAUUUCAGACCCGGUCUGGCACGCAUCUUUUCUGUUAAAGAAUCCAAUUUGUUUCAGGUAUUGUCACGUUCUCUUCCAUGAUAGUAGAUUAUUUUACCUUUUGAUCAACACCUUUUACCUGUUCAGUGUUUCCUACAUACCGGUGUGUUAGUUCAGAUGAACCUCAACCCAUUUGCAGUGGUAACUGUGCUGCAGUAAUUGUGUUGCCCAGUGCAUCUGUCUCACAAUCUGAUAUCGCAACAUGAACAAAAAAGGGGAAAUGUACAGCCAGUAUUGAAAAUAGAAGGGAAAUUAUACACUGUGUCCCUCCUGAAGCAUGUAUAACACAACUUUGAGUGCUGAGCAAUUUGUCUGUGUCCUUAAUAUUCCUUAUUGUCAUGCAAUGUUUUAAUGAUGGGUCGUAUUAUUGUUUCCAACGAUGUUGUCAUUAUUAUUAUGUCUAUCACUAUUGUUAUUGUUGUUCUCCGUGUAUAGUGUGUUUGUGUACAUUGUCAUUAAAUGUCCUGCUGGACAGGGAACUACAUUUUGAAAGUGGCCUUAAUUUUAUAUUUCAUUUUGGGGAAAGUGAAUGGGAUGGGGAUAUUAUUUUUGGAACUUGAUUGUUUUCCAUCUCAAUGCAAUAAAUUGAAGAUAUGAAAAUGACUCAUUUUUGUUAUUGCACUUGUUUACAGUUCUCAAAUUACGGUGCUGUUUCUGUUCAGGGAUGAGAGGAUUUACUGGUAGCAAAAACAAUAAUAAUGAUAUUAAUUUUUAUGAUAAUAAUGAUAACUAUCUAACCUAUUGGAAUAAGAUUUUGCCUGUUUUUCUUUUAUCAUUUU